AUGCAUCUCAUGUACACUCUCGACGCGCAGGGCAACCGCGUGUACACCCUCAAGGUUAGUCUUGUCUGUCGGUCGAGGUCGCAUGACGAGGGCAGGGCAGCGGGCUACCUGCCCAAGCGCACUGCGGCUCGACGCCGCUACGCUGCGCGCAACGUAUCCCUUGUCCUUGUCCUUGUCUACGCCGCUCGACCUGCACCCUCUGGAAUGCGCACAGCUCACACCCCGCAGAAGAAGACGUCCGAGGGCAAGCCCACAAAGUCGGCCCACCCCGCGCGUUUCUCCCCCGACGACAAGUUCUCCCGUCACCGCGUGACCAUCAAGAAGCGCUUCGGCAUCCUCCCUACCCAGCUUCCCUCCAAGCCCCUUUAA